UAAGGUGCAUGGGAGCUGGGGACCAGCACAGACGCACUCCAGCCAGGCUCCAAGCAGUCGCUCAGCAGCUGAUAUCAGUCCAGCCGACCCCUCGCAAGAUGUACGCCAAGCUCGCUCUCGCCGCCCUCGUGGUCGUGUCCGUGGUCGCCACCCCCGUGCCCGGAGGACACCACACCAAGCACGUGAAGAUCCACGUGCCCUACAAGGUGCACACGGUGCAUCACCACCACGUGUCCAAGGUGCAUGUCCCGGUCCACGUGCCCGUGGUCAAGGAGGUGCCCGUCUACAAGGAGGUGCCCGUCAUCAAGCACGUGCCUGUUGAGGUGAUCAAGCACGUGCACGUGCCAGUGUACAAGAAGGUGGAGGUGGAGAAGCUGGUCCACGUGCCCGUGCCAGUGCACCACGAGCACCACGACCACCACGAGCACCAGGGCUGGGAGGGCGAGGCGCUGUCGCACGGCUGGAACUGAACGGGUCCUCGAGAAUCUAGGUCUAGGUUAUAUGUAGGUAGUUAAUUGUAAAUAAUAAAAAAACCCACAUCGCCGCAAAUCAAGAAGCAUCAUCACCGUCAUCAUAUUGAUGAGGAGCCAUUGAAGAUACUGUCGUCCAACGAAGAGUUUGUCAAGUUACCAUUACAUUAUUUAAAACCAAAGAAAUCAUCAAUAAAAAUGGGAUGUGUUAAAAAUUA